GCGCCGGGGUCUCGUGGCGCCACUUCCAAGCGCUUAGUGGUGUGUCCGCACACGGAGCUUUCCCGGACCGAGCUCGCGUCUCUUAGUGCCUUGCUCCUGGUCGGGGAGAGCGGCGCCGUGUGGACACGCCCUUAGUUUUGGUUCCAAAUGUUCCUCUUGUGCCGUGGGAAGAGGUAAAGGAAGCGGCUUCCGAAUCAGGUGUCGUGAAACAGUCCCAUGUCUUCAGUGCCGGCACUGCGAUUUCUUGAUUCCCUGCAGAGUCCCGUCAGGCAGCUCUGUUCGUCUAGAUUGGAUCAGAUCCGUGAUCUGAUGCGGAGAAUUCAAGGAUCACACACUUCCUGGAAUCCAUUCCUCCUUUGGUGUCACCAUUUCAUGGAUCUUAUUGCUGUAAUUUGUGUGAAUGACAGAGGAGGUGCCCCCAACUGCAGUUAGUGACAUAAAACUGCGUCUUCUCUGCCACGAUGACAUAGAUGUAGUGAAACAGCUCUGCGGUGACUGGUUCCCAAUAGAGUACCCUGACUCAUGGUAUCAGGACAUCACUUCCAACAAGAAGUUCUUUUCCCUUGGAGCCACCUACAGAGGCACCAUUGUGGGAAUGAUAGUAGCUGAGAUAAAGAGCAGAACAAAAGUGCAUAAAGAGGAUGGAGAUAUUCUAGCUUCCAGUUUUCCAGUCGAUACUCAAGUUGCUUACAUUUUAAGUCUAGGAGUGGUGAAAGAAUUUAGAAAACAUGGAAUAGGUUCCCUCUUACUUGAAAGCUUGAAGGAUCAUAUAUCGACAACUGCUCAAGACCACUGUAAAGCCAUCUACUUGCAUGUCCUCACCACCAACAACACAGCAAUUAACUUCUAUGAAAAUAGAGACUUUAGACAGCACCACUACCUGCCCUAUUAUUACUCUAUCAGAGGGGUCCUCAAAGAUGGCUUCACCUACGUUCUAUACAUCAAUGGUGGACAUCCUCCUUGGACAAUUUUAUAUCCUUUACCCUGGAUUUGAUUAGCUGCAGAGCGAGAUAUCCCAAAUACCAUGUGUCUGGUUAAAACAAACCCUGCAAAGCAAGUCUGUUUGCAAUUGACUAAUCCCAGUUUAAGGGUAGGCUUCACUGAACUGGAUUCCUUGCUUUCCAGAGGAGAUUUGGUUUUGUCUCUGACAUGUUCAUGCCUGACUUCCUCAGGAGUGCUGUGGGAUCUGUUCAGUAGAACAGUACAUGUCUCUUGUGAGGUUAGGGAUGCAUCUUUUCUACGCUGGACGACUGAUGGUAAUACAACUGUUUAGCUAGGACUAGGUGUGGAUGGGCACUGUGCAAAACUCACUCAGCACAGCUCUGUUGACUGCACCUGAGGCAAGACCUGCAGCUCCUCCCCUGCUAUUCCAGUCCCGGGCUCCCCACAUGGCUUUGUCAAUGUAUCUAAGGGCUCUUGUAUACUGCAUAUGCUUUGCUGGCAUAGCUGUGCCAGCAGAACCCCCUAGUGGAGAUGGAGCACAAACCAACACUUGUUCUGUCAGCAAAGCUAAUGUUGUUCGGGGAGCUGGUCUAGCUAUACCAACAGAAGCACCUUUCAGUCACCAUAGUGGUGUCUACGCUGGGGGGUUUGCCAGCAUUGCUGUGCUGAGUAGAGGUUGUGAUUUCCCACCCCCUACACUCCUAGCUGACACAGCUGUGCUAGCAACACUUAGUGUCCAAAGCCUUAAUCCCAACUUACAGCAUCAUCUUCGGAUCCGGUCUUGGUUUCCACUUGAGCAGAGACUGCUCCAUUGCGUGGUGGCUUCCACCAGGUGCCUUCCAAAUGGUUUCACUACUGAUGUGAUUGGGGACUUGAAAUCAGGUCUCAGAAAUGAAGGGCUAGUGAGCUGUUCUCCUCCGGUCCAGAGAAGACAGGCAGGGUUUGCCCUUUGUUGGGUAUAUCAGAAACUUGCUAACUAUUGUAGAUCAUGCAGAUAGAACCUUCCCAAUGCUAAUGGUGUGUUAGGCUCCAAAUGCAGUUGGAAGCAUGCUAUUCAGUAAGGUAUCUUACUCCACUCUUCUGAACAGCUCUAGGGAUUCACACACUCCUCAGGGAGGCAAGGUGGGUACAGAACACAGAUGACAAACUAAAUUAUAGGAUAUGCUUCAGGUCAGUCAGUCUGGGGGGAGCAUAAAGCAGUCCCUUUUCCCUAACUCCUUAAUGGUAACCAGGGCUUUGGAGCUGUGCUCUGGCUCCGCUCCAGCUCCAGGCAAAAACCUGCAGCUCCACUGCCCCAGAGCUGCUCCAUGCUCCAGCUCCGGGCUCCGCUCCAAAGCCCUGAUGGUAACGUGUAGUUGUAGCUGAGCAAUCAAAAUAUCUCUGCUGCCAGACGGGCCAUGGCUCCAGCAGCUGGAGUGCUGUGGAAUGAAAGUGAUUAUUCAGCUAAAGCAUUUCCUGGGCAUAUUGUAAGGAAUGUUCCCAAGGUGUCUUACUCUUACUGUGCGGUACAGACCUGCUUAUUUGUACCUGAGCAGUUAGCUGGCCAGUGCUGCUUUGCCUGGACUAGCUCUCAUUGCCUAUUACUGUCCUACAAGCUGCUGUCAAUACAGUAUGUUUUAGAUUAUUUCUUACAUUUCACUGUAAAUGUCCCUGUUGUUCUUAACUGAGGCUCACUGACUACCUACAGCAUAUUGGCUCAACGCUCGCCAGCCUGAGCCCAUGUUCGAUUCCUCACCGGAUAUACCGCCAAGCUCAGAGUCUCCUCCGCAGCCUGCUGCCAUGGUCUGGCAUUUCUGCAAAGAGCGGCAUUGAAUACAGCCGGGCAACGUGACCCAGUCAGAGGGUGGCGGCAAAGCGAGAGGAUAAUUCUUCCCUUUAUCUCCUGAAUCAUCUGGCUCUGCACUGAUUCCAGUGAUGCGGGCUUCCUAUCAACAAUCCAGCCUCUUAAAAUUGACCACUCAGCUGUGGAUUGACUGAGAUUUGGUAGACCAUAUGCUUGACUUGCUGCAGCCUCGAUUUGCUGUCUUCUUGGCCCAGAGUCCCAAGGAAUCCUGUGUGGAUUGACAGUCGUUGCUGUCUUAUAAGGGGUGUCACUGUGCUGUAGGCAAGUGGCCCUUCCCAUUACAGCUCUGUUUUUACACCUC